GCCGCGCAUGGGCGGAUGGGGAUCCGCGCUCUUGGCGCGGCGGAUGAAUCCGGGGCUCGGCCGGCCGCGCCUGCAGCGCGGGGCUCUCGCGGGCCGCUCCUCCCCGCUCCGCCCAUGGCCUCCCCGCUGGAGGACCCCGUCCUGAUCCGGCCUUUCCGCGGCCACACGGCGGCGGUGACGGGCGUCGCCUUCAACGCGAACGCGACGGGGCUGGUUACCUGCUCUGUGGAUAGGUUUCUUAUAUUGUGGAAGCUGGAGACGCAGUGCAGAGCCUACAAGUUUGGUGGCCAUGAAGAAGCAGUGACAAGUGUAGAGUUCUCACCAGAUGGGCAGGUGCUGGCUUCAGCUUCUCAUGAUCACACUAUCAGGCUAUGGAUUCCUUGCAUUCAUGGAGAAUCAUCAGUACUGAGAGGUCAUACAGCAUCUGUUCGGAGUGUGAGCUUCUCCCAUGAUGGCUGCUCCCUAGUUUCAGCAUCCAAUGAUAAAUUAGUAAAAAUAUGGAGUGUUUGCUAUCAGCGCCCUUUGUUUACCCUAUUCCAACACACUGGUUGGGUUCGCUGUGCCAAAUUUUCACCUGAUGGAAGAAUAAUAGCAUCUUGUGGUGAGGACAAAGCCGUUAACAUCUGGGAUACAAGAAAUAAAAUUUGUGUUAGUAGCUUCUCAGAUUAUGAGGAAUUUGCAACUUUCGUGGAUUUCAACCCGAGUGGAACAUGUAUAGCUUCUGCUGGUUCCAGUAACUCAGUGAAACUAUGGGAUAUUCGAAUGAACAAGCUACUGCAGCAUUUCAAAGUUCACAGAGCAGGGGUUAAUUGUAUAUCAUUCCAUCCUUCUGGUAACUACCUCAUCACUGCUUCUACUGACGGUACCCUAAAGAUUCUGGACCUCUUAGGAGAAAGACUUAUUUACACUCUUCAUGGACACAAGGGAGCUGUACUUUGUGUGGCUUUUUCAAAAGGUGGUGAAAAAUUUGCCUCGGGUGGAGUGGAUACUCAGGUAUUACUAUGGAAAACCAACUUUGAUACUUUGGAUUAUUGUGAAGUUCUCAAACACAAUUUUAGAAGAACACAUAUUGAUGAUCCUCCUCAUCUUCUUGAUAUUUACCCAAGGUCAUCUCAUUUACAUGGUAAAAAACUCAAGUCAGUUGAGGUCAAUUCUAUCUGUGAUGUGCCUGAUAAACAAACACCUGACACAAUUAUCAUCGAAAUUAGACCAUCUUCACGUAUCAGUACUCCUGAGACAGAUACUUGAGACACCAGUUGGAGAAAAUGUGACUCUUUAAAUACAGCCUUUCUCUGGGGUGAGUAACAGCACUGAAGCUUUUGUAGAAUCUCUGUUGAGAUUCUUAAAGCUACCUGAAAUGUCUUCAGGAAGAUUGUAAGUCUAUGCAAAACCUUGUAAUGUUUUGUUGAAUAACUACCAAAAUUCCUGACAGUAAGUGCUCAAAACUUCUGUAGGCCUCAGUCUAGUUCAGGAGAAAAGAUAAUAGGAGAAAGUGCUCUUCUUAUUGAGAGUCUUUUCUUUAGCUGGAAUUGUUGUCCUACUCCUUUAAGGGAAAUCCAUUAUGACUGCCCGUAAGAUGAUUUGUGAUGGAGCAAAAAGGUUUUUUCUUUUCCUUACUUUUGUGAAGAUUUGUUAGUGAAAGGGAUACAGUAUAGGUUAAGAGGGAUGUCUGGAGUAAUAUCAUCUGACCUUCCCCUUAAAGCAAAGCCAGCUUGCAUCGGGUUCUUAUAAGCCUUGUCCAGUUAAUUUAUUAAUAAUGUGUAAAAAUAGAGAUUCCACCACCUUUCUGGGCAGCUUGCUCUAGUGUUCGGUUGAUGAAAAUAUUUUUUCUCAUAAUACGUAUCUAGAAUAUCCUAUGUCCCAACUUGUCUGUUCCUUUCAAUUCACAGUGGUCUUCUAGUAUAUGUGUGUCUGUCUUCUUUCUAUCUACCCAUUAGAUAUCUGAGAUGGCAGCAAGAUCUUUUCUUCCAGAGAACAAACCUGGUUCUCUGCCUUUUCUUGGUAUCACGUAUUCCAGCCCCUUUGUUAUCUUGUUUGCUCUCAACUUGGCUUGCUCCAGGAUGUCAGUGUCUGUCUGGGACCAGGAAGCACAAAAGAGGACACACUACUCCAAUUAAUUAGGGUAUAGCAAAGUAUCACCAUCAUCUAUUCUUGACAACAAUCUGCCUAGAUUUUAGAGAAGAUUUUAAAACAAGUAAUUAAAAAUAUAACACUCUUGUUUCUUUAUUGUGAAUUUAAAAUACAUGUUUAGGUAUUUUCUUAGCAGUUCAUUUAUUUUGAGCUCUAGCUGUCUGAGAAAAUACUAGUAUUAUCUCUUCCUCCUACUCCUCCUCCUCUUUUCAAGGAAUUUUAAUUUCUUGCUUCAUCAAAACCAACAAUCCAUCACAGCUUCCACAUUUAAAUUGCCUGCUUUUGUGAUUUUUGUUUUUUUUAAAAAAUUUAGUUGUAUUUUUUUUUGCUUCAGAGGUUAAGCUAAGAUAUGCUGAUAUGAAUGUUCUUACAGGGAUUUUGCUAAAAACACUUAUAUUAUUAAACUGCAUGAAUUGUAAACACCUUAUCUUUUUAGCUUCUGCUCUAGCUUAGUACCAAGGCCAGUUGUUUUGAACAUGGUGAAAAAUCUUUUCUCAUCUAAGGUUCAUAUUGAUGCAACUUUUGUAAACUCAGUGGAAUGUGACCCUUGUGUCCGUGGAAAAAUUUCAGUGUAAUCUCCAGUAUGGAGUUGCUUUCUUUUGGACUACAAUUUAAAACCAUUAAGAAUUCCUGUGUAUUAUUAUGGUUAGGAAAUAGCUUUGGAUUUGAUGAUUCAUUUAUUCAGUUCUCCUGUGUAUUAUUCUCCUGUAUCCUGUAAAAAUUAGCUGUGUAUGCCUAACAAACUGGUACUUGUGUAAUGAGUUGUAAAAUUUGUCCUGAGUUUUUCAAUGGUUAAGAGUCUUCAUGUGUUGCAGUUACUAGAAAUUAGGUGUAUUCUGGCCUUUUGCACUCUGAAAAUAUUUACUGAAUUGGGGUCAAAUCUGUGGGCUGGGAGUGGUGUUUUUUUCUCCUUUCUAUUUCAUUGGAGACUCUGAAAGCGUUACUGCCUCUCUCCCACCCCUCCUCUCUGUGUCAAGCAGCUUAACAUUGCCUUUGUUUUCUGAACUAUUGAAAAGGAAAAAUUGGAAGUUUUGUUUCUCUUUGGGAGUACUUCUUUCUGUUUCAUCCUCCAAUUUUAGUUUUAGUCAUGAGGGAGGUUGGGUCUUUUUAAUUCUGUAGGGCAAUAUGCUGGUAACCUCUGGUCCGUGAUAAGCUGUUGGAAACAAGGGAAAGUUGAUGGUGCCUCUGUAGUUUUUACUGACAGAAGCAGGAAAUCACUGUAGAGGCUCUCUAAUGUUUCAUCCCCUGACCUUGCUCAUGUAAACAGGAUUUGGAGGAAGCAAAGCAAUGUACUGUAAUCUGGAAGUCAGAAUGUCUGCCCUGGCUGGGAAAUGUUUGCUGUUCUUUCUCUGCCAGUGCCAUUUAACACUAAAAACAAGACAUUCUUAUUGUACUUUCACAGUACAACUUCUACAAAGUUAAGACUGGGUUAAUUACUGAGUGAGGAAAGAUAAGGAUUGUUUCUGUUUGGAGCAAAAAGAGCAUACUAAGUUUUAAAAUAGAAAGUAUAUCUGUACUGCAUUUGUAGUAGGUGUCUUGAGGCAAAAAGUAGAAGUAUCUGUACUCUCAAUUUGUUCUGUACACAUUGCUUUCUUAGUUUGUGUUUCAGGGUUUAGGUAUCUUUUUAUAUGCUUUUCUCUGCCUUUGUUUUGAAUUUAAAAAAAAAGCCCCAAAAAAACCAACCAAGCUCCCCAGUUAAGAAACACCCCAUGUAUUUGGAAAGACAGCAGUUAUGAAUGAAAAUGAAUGAAAAAUUAGCACCUAUUCUUCCAUUUCUGCAUAUUUGAAGAUUUUGUCAACUAUUCUUCCUCAUGGAAAUUAGCUUUGAAAAGAUCUUGGAGUAAUGUCUCUUCCCUGCAUGGCUUAACAUAACUACAGAAUUCAGUAGGAGAGGAUGACAAUAGAAAUUAUAUCUUAAAAACUAAUUUUUAAAACACUUCAUAUUUUCCUUACCAUGCAACUUCAAUUUUUUUUCUGAAUUGCAUCCUUUCCUGGCUUCAGCCUUAUGUGGAAAUAAAUGCCAACUGUCUUCAGUGAGGUUAAGGGGAGGGUAAAAGGAAUAAAGGAAGUAAUGGCAAUUUUAUACAUAGAUCAUCUCCUCUGGGGCCUAAGUCCAAUUCAGAAGGGAACAGCUGGUAGACCAAAACUCAUAUAGCACCUCAUUGUGCCGAGUACUUACCUUUGCUGAUAUUUAUAGAUCAUUUGAAAGCACAACAAACAGCUUUCUGUAGUUCUUGGAUAUCAACUUUCCUAAAUAUCCUCAGACAAAAACUCUGAUCAUUACAUGAUAUACAUACAUUUUUCUCUACCAAAGGAAAGUUCCAUCAGUAUUCCCUUUGAAAGCAAGACUGAAGUCACUGCCCUAAAACUAAAAACUUGUGUUCCCAUGUGCAAAACUCAGUUGCCAAUUAGACUGAGCUCUUCACUGGAGAAUAAUCCCAACAGGCUUUGAUAAGAAUUGACAGAUCCCUGCCUCUUCCAUCACCUUACCUUCUUUGUUCCCAGACAGAGAAAUAAAAAAGGCCACUCCCUGAAUAACUGUGAACUUUUUUCAUUUACUGCCAUUCUUCUGAUUACCAGUAAAUGCUUAUUUGAAUAGUCAACUGCCUGAACUCCCAAUGGCAAAUAGAAUUAAAUUAGGAAAUAGUGUGAAGAGAUCCUGUGUAUCCACAGUUUUGAAGUAAAGCUGUCUGCACCUUUUUCAUAGAUGAGCAUACCAAAAAACUCUCAAACAGGCUCUGAAUGGCUCGUGCUAGGCCUUAUACAAACACAUAAUAAAUGCUGUAAAUGGAAGAAGUCUGAAUUGUUCAGUGCAGCAGAGUAAAAAUAAAAAUUGUGCUUUUGUGUCAUUGCAAAGAAAUCCCCCUCUCUGUCCAAUCUUGCUUUUAGACAGGCACAGUUUAGACAGACCUCUCUACUCUUUGCAUGCUAGGCAGGUACAGUGUGAGGGGCUGGUGCAAGAGGAUAGGCUGCCUUCUCCCCAAAACUCUGUAGCUAAACAUGUUCAGCUGUGUUCAGGGAAGGACUGUCUCUCAUUCCCCCUAAAGGCUACCCCUAAUCCAUCAGGAAUAGCCAUGAAGCAGUAGAGAACAGCUUUUUCUGCUGCCCAGCUAAGAGCCUUCUAAAGAAGAUAGGAUGUGUAUGAACAAAAUGACGUAUCACAAGUGCUGCAAAAAUGAAGGGGUUUGCAUAUUGAACAGUGAAUCUCUAAACUUGAAUUUUGAGCUGCUGUAGAUGUCCAGGCACGUUUAAAAAGAUUCGUGUAUGUAAUCUUAAAAGCAGUAUGCUUUGAUACCACUAGCAUCAAAUAAAGCUUAAGGAUCAAAUGCUUGAAGGUGAACCCAAUGCAUGUAAUAAAAGAGGAAUAUGA